UGAUCUUUCCUGCGUUACCGUUAACCGUUUCGCGUCGAACUGCGUUCCGUUGCCAUAGCUGCGGUCCAAAUGAAGUUACCCUAAAAACAAAAUACGUUCUCAUAACCUCCGGCUGACAGACGCUGCCUUACGGUCAGACAGGCCAAAAUGGAUUUCUUCUUUGAUGACCUUCCAUCCAGCUCCCUGUCCACUCCUAAGAAAGGACAUGAAGACUCUCUGAUGGUGGAAGAUACAGAUUGUGAUUUGUCAAGAAACAAGUCGUCAAGUGUGAGCAUGACUGAGAUUCAAGAGCGCCGUAGCAGCUCAUACAUUGAUGAAAUCAGCAAAAGAGCCCAGGAAAUGGUGGAAAAAAUAAACCAGGAACGAACCAGAGACCAGGAAAUGAUGGAGAGCUUUCAGAAGCAGCUAACAGAGAAGGUGGCAGAGAUGUGUCAGCUGAUAAAAGAGGAAAUGUUCACCAUCUAUGAGCUUAACAGCAAUGAAAUCCAGGUGAAGCUGCAGGAGCUGUCUGAGGUUCUGGAAAAGUGCUCGAAGCUGGAGCACGAGCUCCUGGAGGCCAGUCAGGCCUUGUCAUGCCUCAAAGAUGGUCUCGACAUCAAUCAGAGACCAGAGCCCUAACAAAUUCAUUUUAUGCUCAGCUAGGGUAAUUAAAUUGAAGACAUGUUGAAUGGGG